AAGUGAAGUUUCAAAAUUUCAAUUUUAUGUUGUUGGCUCAUUCCCAUUUCCUCUGCUAUGACUUUUUCUUAACGCGAUUUUGCAGACUUUGUACAAACCAUAUUAUAUAACCCUUCUUUUACUUCAACCAUCUAUGCACUCAAUUUCCUCAGGUUAAUUACAAGAUCAUCGUUUCUUCAAAGUUAUACAUAGAGAAAGUGUUAUUGUUUCUUCAAAGUAGAGAGAGAGAGAGAGAGAGAAAGUGCUGUUGUUUUUUCAAAGUAGAGAGAGAGAGAGAGGAUGUUUGGUUCAAAGAAAUCUCCUUUGAAAGAUACUAAACCUAGCUCAAAGCAUAACCCCUUUGAUUCUGAUGAAGAGAAAAAGGAUAACAGAAAGUAUAAUUCUUCAAGGAAGACUUCUUCUGGAUAUAACCUAGUUCAGGGAGAAACUAAUACCAACCCCUUUGACGAUGUUGAUGCUCGUGGACACUCUUCGUCGCCGUAUGCCGCGUCCUCCGGAAAUCGAACCUUGUAUAAGAACGAUUUCCGGGAUUCUGGGGGAUUGGAGAAUCAAUCAGUAGAGGAAUUGGAGAACUAUGCUUUGUACAAGGCUGAGGAAACCACAAAAUCGGUAAACAAUUGUCGGAAGAUAGCCGAGGAAAUGCGAGAGGAUGCUACCAAGACUUUGGUGAUGCUGCAUCAUCAGGGCGAGCAGAUUACAAGGAGUCAUGAUAUUGCUGCUGGCAUUGACCAUGAUUUAAGUCGGGGAGAAAAGCUUUUGGGAAGUCUUGGUGGCAUGUUCUCCAAAACAUGGAAACCAAAGAAGACAGGCACAAUAAAAGGCCCUGUAAUAUUUGGAGAAGAUCCAGUCAGAAGAAGUGCCAACCACUUGGACCAAAGAGAGAAAUUAGGAUUGAACUCUGCUCCUAAAGGGCAAUCAAAGCCAAGGAAAACACUUCAUGAGCCAACAAAUGCAUUUGAAAGAGUCGAGGUUGAAAAAGGGAAGCAAGAUGAUGCACUGUCAGAUAUAAGUGAUCUCUUGGGAGAACUUAAAGGAAUGGCCAUUGACAUGGGAUCUGAAAUUGAAAGGCAAAACAAAGCCAUAGAUGGGUUUGAAAAGGACACCGAGAAGUUGAAUAUCCGCAUGAAUGGUGCUAAUCAACGUACUCUUCAUUUACUUCGAAAAUAGGGAUUCAAAUCAUGUGAUUAAUUUUAAUUGGAGAUUCGAACUUUAUAAAAAGAACACUGGGUUCAAUAUAAUAUACAUUUCGCUUGAGAAAAUAAGUUGUGUUCCCUGAAAUAUAUUGUAUAUUGAUUUGGGAUCGUUUAUGAUUCAGUUAUCAAUAUCAUGAUUCAUGCAGCAUGUAUAAGUUGUA